AUGAUCAAACAGAAGGCUGAUGCUAGAGAGACUGUUGAUAUUGUUGAAGACUCAGAUACAGUGGACUUGGCAAUCAUCAUAGAACAUCAUCAAAGAGGGUUGGAAGGCUUCAGAGAAGAAGUGUCCCGCAUCUCUGCUUCUAACGCUGAGCUCGUUUUCACGGGGUCCAUACUUCUUAUUGCAUUUGCCUUUGCAUUCCUCGGGGUUCAGGACCUCAACCCGAUUACUGGGGCGGCAGAAGAGAUGAGCAACGCUAUGGCAAACCCUUCUUUAACAAAUGAUGUCCUACGCCUUAACUGGUUAUACCUCAACCGAGGUGUAACUUCCGUGGUAGGUGAUCAAUGGCCUGUCUUGAAAACCAGCCGGCUCCGGCAGCUAUUGAUGUUAUCGCAUGGCGAUGAGUGUUGGGAGAAUUCAUCAUUCGAUGCACCAUCUCGGCUUUCUCGUUGCCCACCCCGCCUAUUGAAAUUUGCCGAAGGUGCUCAUCAAGCAGUCGCCUCCAUCAAGGCUUCUUUAAAUGCGCUUGAACCCGCCCCGGAUGACUUAUCUAGCUACUCGGGCACGCCAACAUCUCAACCUUCAUCGUCCACGACGUUAGACUGGGCCAUGGAUGCGCACUUCGAGACAAUGCGCAUCCUAGACUCUGUUUACUCGCGCAUUUUAUCCGUAUUGCGGUGUGCGGCAACCGAAUAUCCUACGGACAAGGAGAUCCAGUUGGAUUUUGAGGAGGCAGCGAUUCUAUCCUGGCCGGCUUUGCUCCCUAGUGCCUUUUUGGCGUCGCUUGAGAGAAGCGACCGUAACUGCCUUCAUGGACACUCGCUCGUCAUCCUCGCUCAUUUCUAUCUGGUAAACACUCUGGUGGAUACUUGGUAUAUGAGGGGCUCCUUUGAAAUCGAGAUACUAAGAGUCAAUGCGCUUAUUGAUUCACUGAAUGAUAGCCAACUGUCAACAUUCAUGCUAUGGCCCAACGAGGUCAUGAAGUUGCCACUAACCUGUAUAUCUUAA